AUACGCCAAAUAAUGGCGCCAAACAAAUUGUAAUCGUCUCCCAGUGAAAAAAAUUCUCGAAGCCCUCGUUCGGUGCAAUCUCAGCAGAUGGCGCUGGCGGGUCAAUUUGUCCUAAACGAAGCGGUGGGCGUCCUCAACCGUCACACUCCACCAAUCGCAACAUAGAAUCCCCAGGCGUCAGUUGGCCAUUAUUAUGGUUCACCGUUUUUCGAACUGUUUCGAACAACACACAGCCCCUCGUAAGUGUAUCUCCACGGUAACCCACGCGCAGUUCUGUUAAUGACCUCGCGCGCUAGAGAUGGCCAAUAGAAAAAUCACAGAUUCUUCCGCGACCGUCAAUUGUCUCUCAACCCCCCAAACAAUCGUAAUCACGUGUCGCGUACAUUGUUGAUGGUGACAGUAUCGAAAGUGAGGUUAUGAAAUCAAGUUAAAUGAGAGAAAAACAAUAGCUUCGAAAUCCGUGUAAUUACCUUGACAUGUGUGACACAUUGACUGGGUGAUGAUUUGCUGAAUUCAAGUGACGUGAAAAGAUCGAGACUCGAAUGGUGUGUGAUGGAAUGACAGUGACCGAAUCCCCAGCUCAUAUAAUCCCGUCAUCAUUUUAUUUCUACUGGUAAAUUAUUAAUUUCCAUUCGGCGAGUAUUUUUUGACGGUACGUCAGCGGGCUGCAUCCUGCAACUCUGAAGCUUCCCCUAGAAAUAGUGCCGUACCCACUCUCUCUUCCUCCUCCUUCCUCCUGCCUAGUCUGUAUAAGAGGAAUACCAUCUCCCUCCAACCGGACAAUACUGUCCCGUUCGUCGAAUUCACAUUGUCCCUCUUUCUCGGACGCGAGCGCGGCAGCACGCUGCUCUCGCGUACAACUACCUGUUGUGACGUACAUUCAAUACAACGCUUGCCACACAGUGUACCGAGCAUUCAGGUGAAAAUAAUCGUCACAGAGCAGGGAGCGUGUGGUAGGGUGGAGUGGGGAGAUUUUUUUUUAAUUUUUGAGGGAGCCAGAGAAAUGGGCAAAGACAACUGUUGGCACUCUCAUUGGCAAUAACGUGUGAUUUCUGGGUGAAUAACGACUGGUAUAGUCGAAUACCACUAGUAAAAUAUUUCAAAGCGAUAAAAGCGGCGAAAGGCUGAGGCCGGUCUCGAUGCCCCACUCCUCAUUUUCUCGACCCGCGCCACAGCCACAGCUACAGCUAUGGGCCACACUUAUCGAGAGAGGAGAAGUUAGUCUAGCGCUGCGCUCGUGCCCCGUACCAUCGGGAUCAACACUCGCGAGCGUUAAUUUGACGCACGUAAACACAGUGAAUCAUCGAUAAUUUCAUUUGUAUUGGAAGAUAGGUAGUGAAUAGAGACUCAAGGUGCUAGUGAAAAUGAACUUAUGAUUCGAAAAUAUGCUGACAGUGAAUUGAACAAGCGAUAAACAAUGACGACAACAACAACAAACGAGUUAACAAGUGAGUGAAGGCUGGAUGAGUGUGCGCAAGCGUCGAGGCAAUGUGAGGUUACCACUUGGCGGGUGAUACAAAAAUAUCAAGAGACGGUGACGAUUUAGUUCCAUAUGAAUGGUAGUGAAUGAAUGUCACGAGUUGAAUGCAUGACAAAUGUCAGACGACAGGAAGUUGAUUGUGGUACCGUGUGAGAGGAUGCUCGGAAGGGCGGGCAUUAAUAACGACGAAGAAGACGAAGAAAGUAGAGUUGUCGAUGCGAUAGUGGUGUGAUAAUAAAAUAGUUGUUUUUAAACUGAGGUGUUUUCACUGCGCUGGCUUACGCUGCAGUGGAUUUAGGGGGCUGUAUGGAGGCCGGGGGGCUCCUGCCCCAUCAGCCCUCGCAAGGCCCCCCCGGCACUGGCACACCAAGUGCCCAAAACGUUUGUCUUGGUGGACAACGACGUGUCACUAAUCAAUCGCCAGUGCACUCGGGUCUGGAUCAAUUGAACUCUGGUCUUGGUUUGACCAGUCAGCAACAGUUGCAGCAUAUACAGCAGCAAAUGGGUCAGGCACCGAAUAUGGGUGAGAUUAUCACCCCAAAGAAACAAGUGGCGGUUGAUAGAUUGAGAAGGAGGAUGGACGAGUAUCGGAGACAUCAGACUAAUGUUACACCAAGAUUUGAGCAGAGCUUCAAUGGAUUGUGCGAGCAAGAGUCCCAGGGUACACUUCUACUCAAGCAGAGAUUUUUCGAUAACAAGGCCAAGAGACAAGCCAAGAAAGCUGAUAAGAAGCAGAACGAAGCUGUCGGCCUCUCCAGUGUUCACGUGCAGCAAAAAUUCCUGAAGAGGACAGCGGAGGAUUUGGAGCCAGCAGGUGGCGGUGGUGGUGAUGGUUUUGGGGAGCCUCCGGUGAAGGUCCAAUGUACGCAGGGCCAGCACCAGCACCAACAGGCCCAAGCAGGGGCUGGUCCCCAUCACGGUGGCAGUCACCAUCAAACGGGCAACGGGACCUCGCAGACAGGUCCCCAAGUGGGUGGAAAUGGUUCUAACGGUGGUGGCUCCGGUGGCUCGGGAAAUGCCAAUAACGAGGGCCUCACCAAGUUCCAAGUUGAGAUUGUACAGCAAUUGGAAUUCACAACGUCAGCAGCUAAUUCCCAAGCUCAGCAGAUCUCAACGAAUGUCACUGUCAAAGCCCUGACAAAUGCCUCAGUGAAGAGCGACCUGGUCAACUCGUCAUCAUCCCCAAAACCAGGAAUGGACAAUACAACAGCAUCAUCGAGAAGUCAGAAUAACGGUCCUGGUGGUGGUGGUAGUGGUGGCGGAGGAAUAGGUUGUGUGGACAUUGGUAAUUUAGUGGAGUGCAAGCAAGAGCCUGAUAAUGACUUCGUUGAUCUAGAGCAGUGUGCAGCUGCUGUUGAGAAAGACGCAGCAGCCAAUGGAGUGGGUUUCCCAGGCUUCUCGGACUUUAUCGGUGACGACACCGGUGAUGAGAUAUUUCCAUCCGAUGCAUUCAAAGAUCUCAUCUCUGAGAUAUCGGAUAUCAAUCCGGAUUUCAUGAAAGACUUUGACUUCGAUGACAAGAGCAGUGAUUUACUGGGCUCCGGUGGUAAUACCAAUGCUGGCAAUAUCGUUGGUAGUAACACAUCGGGUCCCAUUAAUAAUGGACAGAUUAAGAUUGAGGAUGACAAGGAUAGUCAUCAGCAUGGUAAUGCCACGAGUAAUGGUACAAAUAAUGGAAUUAUCAGAUCAAACUCAAGCCCGGGAUUGGGAGCGCAGUAUUCGCCUGCCCGUCUCUCAUAUUCAGGCCUUGAUUUCAAAUCGGAGAUGAGCCCUGCGGCGCAGACGCUCAAGCAGAUGGCUGAACAGCAUCAGCACAAGAAUCAACUCGUUCUUGGUAAUUACAAUCCUGCAGCAGCUGCUGCCAGGGGUCCAGCGUCGAGAUCUCCUUACGCUGAAUUCCCCCAAUUUGGGGCUAAUGCUGAGGCUUACCUUGGGAGUCCUGGCAACAGUGGACCAAAUAAUCAGAACCAAAAUGCUCAGAGUGCACCGUCUUAUCACAAGAGCAAUAGCAAUCCAAGUUUUUCGAGUCAGACCACUAGUGAAAUGUUCGCUGCACAGAAUCAGUUCAAUUUGGAUAUGAAGAGGCCUCAGCAAGCUGGUGGCAAGCCAAGUAUGCUUGGACCCACUGGGGGAUACAAGCAGCAGUACUCGCCUUAUGGGAGUCCUGGAUCUGUGCCCAAUCAUGGAAGUCCUGGAUAUCCUUUGCCACCGAGGGCAGGACAGGGCGGUGGGCCUAAUCAGCCUGGCUCAGCUCAGGGACCUUUUACAAGCUCUACACCACCUAGACCACCAUCCGGACCUGGCACUUCCACAUUGCAGAUCAAUCAGGCACAGCAACUACAUAUCUCCAAUCCCGGCCAUCAGAUUCAAGUAUCAGCUGGUCAGCACAUGCAGUUGACUGGUGAUCUAAAGCCAGGGGUAUCUGUGGCUGCACAGCAGGGGAUGUACUUCAAUCAGCAGCAGAGUCAAAAUCAAACUGGGCCAAAUGGCCAAAAUGACACAUACUGCUCUGUAUCGCAGUCGCAGACAAUUAAUUUCACACAACAGAGUCUGAGACAACGAGGAACGGGUGGGGGUGGUGUUCCUCAGGGGGCUCAGGGUGCGCCAACUGGACGGGGUCAUCCCCAGCAAGUGCCACCGGGACAAGUUGAUCAGCAUCAGCACGCCAAGUUGCUUCAGCAGCAGCAGCAGCAACAGCAAAUGCUCCGGGCUCAACAACAGCAUGUGAUGCAACAUCAGCAGCACAUGACGGGAGGGAUGGCGGGGGUGAGACCACCACCUCCAGAGUACAAAGCGGCACAGGCGCAAAUGAUUCACGCUGGUAUAGGAAUGGGUCAACAGACGAGAUUCCAAAAUGCUGGACCUAUUCGCAGGGUAACGCAACAAUCAAUGCCUCCUUCUGGUCCUAUGAUGAGGCCACAAAUGGCCCAGCAACAGCAACAGCAGGCUCUCCACGCAGCUGGUGGAAAUAUGUACAUGACGAGUGGUGGUGCUGUACCGGGUGGUGGUGGAAGUGGUGCUGGUGGGCUGGCAGCGAUAGGUGGUAUGCAUCAAAUGCACCAGAGACUAAGUUAUCCUAGGACUAACAACCAACGGCCGCCUAAUGUCAGUGUUGGACCAACCGAUGGUCUUGGGAAUAGUAUCGCUGGUCGUGGUGCACAACAGGAAUGGCGUCAUAUACUCAUGCAGCAGCAGGGCUUCCAGCCACAGAUGCAGGCACGACCACAAUUUAAUCAACAGAGUCAUCAAGGUGGUUUUGGAAUGGGCAACACGGGUGGAAUGCAAAUGAACGCUGCCCAAAUGCAACACCAACAGCUAAUUCGAUCACAGAGCGGCGGAAUGGGGGGUGGCAGUAUGGGAAACAAUUCUCAGAUGCAACAAUUACUCACUCAGCAGCAUCAGCAUCAAACUCUGGCAAUGCAGCAGAGCAACAAUCAGAUGUCCAUGCAGAUGCAAAUGUCCCAAUCAUCGUCUGUUAGUUCGGUGUCGACUGGUGGAACUGGUUCUCCAAUGCAUCCACACCAGCAGUAUGGUGGUGGUAGUCCAGGUGUUAGAAAUAUGCCUCAACAGCACAGUCAACCAGUCACCGCAGCCUCGGAUCCAUCAGUAGCAGCAGCUGAUUUUAGUCUUGAAUUUCUCGAGAAUCUUCCCUCUGGUGAUACAUCAAAUUUUAGCGCCCAAGAGCUCCUAAAUUCUCUCGACUCAACGGCAGGUUUCAAUCUCGAUAUACUAUAAACAAAGAAUUUUAAAAAGAAAUCUAGAUUAUCGUAAACUAAAUUAAAGAUGAAUCACCUAUUCAUACUGACCAGACAGGUUGGAUCGAUUUGAGACCACCGAGUGUGUCUAAGGCAGGCUGUUAUAUACUAGGCAAUCACACUUUAGUCAAUUUCAUCUUUUUCAUCUCUUAUUUUCUACGUAGCAACGACAGAGGGGGGGAUGAAUAGGUGGAGACCGAUAAAGUGCACAAUGAUCCCCUUUGAAAUGUAAAAAUAAUGCAAAAUUUGACGAUCAAAGUGGCAACACUUGAAAUUAUCAUCAAAUUCCCUUGUGUCCGCUUAUUCCCCUCUGACUCUCUGGGCAUCUGAGAGUACCUGUAUCGACGAUGCCCCUUCGACGGGUACUCUAAUGCAACUUUUACGUUCAUUUUUUUUUUCAACACUCUUUAGCCACGUUUCACAGUAGCUAGGAUCGUAUAAAUAAAAAUGAAAAAUCGUGUUACUUAUAAUUAUUGAGUUGCAAGGAGAGAACGUCAACAUCCACAAUCAAAGCAGUGGCCAAGUGGUAAAGUGAGUUGUGAGAAAAGUUGUUUUUAACAUUUUUUUAAUCAUCUGUUCGCCCCAAAAAUUAUUGACUGGAGGUGAAAGCAGGGAAAAACAUUUU